GCAGCUCGGUUUCGGCAUAAUAGCGCCUCUGCCGCUGCUGCUGCGGGAUCCUCCAGGGAGCGGGACGGGGCAGCGGUGUUUCUGUGCGCACCGCCGCCGGACGAAGCUCAUCCCCGGCUCUCAUUUACUCUGACUGUGACUCUAUCCGAGGGGAGGUUCCAGCUGAGGGAUAACUAACCGUGUGGGGGGAGGUGACAUGCCCCGUCACUGCUUGGCGCAGUCGGUGCGCUGACCGCUGUCAGACGCGGACGGACCGGUGCGGUGCGUUCACAUUUCUGUGUUUAACGCGUUCGCGGUUUCCCAUCGGUUUCUGGAUUACAUUCAGCCCGGGGGGGGGGGGGGACAACGACAUUAAAUGCCCGGUCGCCGAGCCGGAGCGAGGGGGGGAGUGCAGCGGAGGAGCGGCCGUUCGGCUGCAGGUGGAUGGACAACCUGACGGCGCCAGCUGCUGCCGCCGCCGCCGCUUCCCUGCCGCCCCGCCGCCGCCGCCGCCGCCGCAGGUCUGGCCGCAGCCACGGAAAACCAGCGGACGAGUAAACCCGGGGCCAUGCUGCCCGGGGUCGGCGUGUUCGGCACCAGCCUGACCGCCAGGGUGAUCAUCCCGCUGCUGAAGAACGAGGGCUUCGCCGUCAAGGCGCUGUGGGGCCGGACGCAGGAGGAGGCGGAGGAGCUCGCCAAGGAGAUGAACGUGCCCUUCUACACCAACCGCAUCGACGACGUGCUGCUGCACCAGGACGUGGACCUGGUCUGCAUCAACCUGCCGCCGCCGCUGACGCGACAGAUCGCGGUCAAAACACUGGGUAUUGGAAAGAACGUGAUCUGCGACAGGACCGCCACGCCUCUAGACGCCUUCCGGAUGAUGUCAGCGGCCCAGUACUACCCCAAGUUGUUGAGCAUUAUGGGAAAUGUGCUGCGCUUCCUGCCGGCCUUCGUUCGAAUGAAGGAGCUCUUAGAAGAAGGCUACAUUGGGGAGCUGCUGGUCUGUGAGGCCCAGGUCCACAGUGGUAGUCUCCUGGGGAAGAAAUACAACUGGAGCUGCGAUGACCUGAUGGGAGGUGGCGGCCUGCACUCGGUGGGCAGCUACAUCAUCGACCUGCUCACGUUUCUGACGGGCCAGCGUGCAGCCAAAGUCCACGGCUUCCUCAAGACCUUCGUCAAACAGACGGACCACAUCCGGGGCAUCCGCCAGAUCACCAGCGACGACUUCUGCACGUUCCAGAUGGUGCUGGAGGGAGGCGCCUGCUGCACCGUCACGCUCAACUUCAACGUGCCCGGAGAUUUCCGUCAGGAGGUCAUCGUCGUGGGGACUGUCGGGCGGUUGACGGUCACAGGGACGGACCUGUACGGCCAGAAGAACGGCGGCGGCGCAGGAAGCGGUGGUGGUCCUGAGCUCCUGCUCAAGGACACCACGCCUCUCGAGAAGGCGUCUCUGCCGGAGAAGGCCUUCAGCGACAUUCCAUCCCCGUAUCUCACCGGGACCAUCCGCAUGAUCCAGGCCGUGCGGCAGGCCUUUGAGGACCAAGACGACCGGCGGACGUGGGACGGGAGGCCCCUGACGAUGGCCGCCACCUUUGAGGACUGCCUCUAUGCUCUUUGCGUGGUGGAUACCAUCAAGAAAUCCAACCAGUGUGGAGAGUGGCAGAACAUUGCGGUGAUGACAGAAGAGCCAGAGAUCAGCCCGGCCUAUCUGAUCAGCGAGGCCAUGCGGCGCAGUCGGAUGUCCCUCUACUGUUAGCGUCUGGCUGAUGCGCAAAUCCUGUUAAGACGACUGACAGCCUACGUAACCCUUCAAAACCGGAGGUGGCGCUGGACGGGCCUUGAUAUUGUUUUUCUUUCUUUUUUUUUUACUGUCAAGUCUGUAUUGAUACUGUUACAGACCUAGAGGUUACACAACAGAGAGUUAUGGUUUCCUGUCACUCUGCCUUCUGCAGUGGAGGAAAAAAGCAGUGGGAUUAAUAAUCAAACCUUUAUUUAUGAGGAAAUCUUUUACCUGUUUCCAGCCCUUCCGGGCGAGACGCACUUGCAAGUCAAACUGAUUCCCGGCAGCAGACGGACGAGAUACAGUCCUACAGUCCAAGGCUUCGGGAGUGGAACAAAUUCUUCUGUGUUCUGCUCCAACCACGAGGGGGUCGCAUUUCUCACGACUCUCCUGCUCCUCCGCUACACGACCGGGUCUGGAAGUCAACAGCCUCACACUGUGGGUCCGAGCGAGGACUGCCGGAGAAGAACGGCAAUCCUCUCUGUUUUAAACUGUGCCGCUUUAUCGUCGCUAUAAGCUCAAUUACUUGCUAGUUUUACCAAGUGAAUGUUUUCGUAAAGGACAAAAUCCGUCUCCGCCUGCUCUGUGCGCCUCCCUCUGUAUGUGUGAGAGAAAAAAAAAAUCAAUGGUUUGGCUGUUGGGAUUUCAGAGGGGUUCACCUUCUGCUUCAUGUAUGCAAUAUAUUCAGGCUGUAGUCUGCAGCAGAAAUACUUCAAUCUUCCAGCCCGGGGUCAGAAGGUUAAGACGCACUAUGGUUUGCCUUUAUGCAGCGGCAGCGGCCUGUGCAUCAGUUUUUUCGCGAGUCCUUUAUGGGCGACCAGAGCAGUGACACUUCACGCUCACUGUACGCCGUGCUUUCUCUGUCGUCUGAGAGCGCAGCCGUGAAAUAGACCGGCUUCUGCGUGACGUGUCGGUACACAAUGUUUCUGUACUGAGCCUUAAGUGUGGAUAAUGAACAAGGAGCGGGUAAAUUCUGUGCUACUUGGGAGUUUAAUAUCGCAGUACAGUGGGUCACUGCUGCUGGAAGCCAAUGCCAUCAGGAUGUGACUUGCUUUGUGAUGUCUCUUUAACAUGACGUGAGAGGGACAUGCAGAUUUGUACAGGCAGUAAGAAGGAAGUUCGCAGCAUAUUAACAGUGGUCGGUGGUGGCGUAGUGUGUUUCACCUUCGGUGAGGGAGUUCAAUGUCAAGACUGGUGUCAGAAAAUCCCACGAAAGACAAAGUCUUAAUCUGUCUCUCAGUACUUUCUGACUCCCCUUUCUAAGCCCGUUGAUUUCUAUUUGAGAUCUCUAAAAUCGGCCCUAAUUUUUAAAUAACAACAGGUCAAAUGACUGUUUUUUAAUGUGAAAGGUGAUGCUUGAGAAACCCACCGAAGCUUUUCACCCGACUAUGCAGUUAGCCUCAGCUCAGAGUAGCAUUUUGACAUCUUUUGCCUCCAUCAUCUCAUCCAUCUGUAACACUGCAGCCUCGCUUCCAGCACGUAGUGGUUGUCUAAUACACACACUUCUAGGACUGUGUACUGUAACAUAGGAUUUACUUACUGCGUUGCAAGUUGGUCUCUUUACAAUUGCUUUACGAUGGAGCUUCAUGGCGCCGAGGAGACAGAUCCGGGUUUUCUCCACAAUUCAGUGUUGUUUUUAUUUGUCUUCUGUUGACAGUACGGAAAAUAUAGAAUAUCACCAGACGUCUCCUUGAAGGCAUCAUUAGUGUCCUGAGUGCAGCUACACUUCAGAGGAGUAUGUCAGUAAAGAGAGGCAAAAUGUGUGAGUAUUACUGUAUAUCAUAUAUCAGGAUAUCAUUUUUUGCCCCAUCGUGACAAAAGAACAGUGAGGUAAUUCAUCAGCUGCACAAAACCUUAACUUCUCAUUGUGUUAACUCUCAGAAAGUAUUUGCAAAUCUAGUUUGAAGCGAUGUUUGGUAUCUGUCAGUGCAGGCGAAGGAACGGCAGUGACCUGCAAGCCAAAAGAUUGAUUUUUUUUUUUGGUUGUAAUGCAUCUCUGUCGCCCUUGUGUGGUCUCAAACUCUUAAGCUGUGCUGAAAUACUAUCUAUGUAACGACUACUGAAAAACGAACAUGUGAAAAUAUUAUGAAACCACAUGUGUUUGUCUCAAGAAAAAUAAACAAGUACUGUAUGUAUUUUAUUUUGUAAAAACCAAGGAACUGGAACAUGUGUUUUUCGAUGAGUGUUACGGUAUUUAUUAUUAUUAUCAUUUGUUUUUGCCGUCUGCGGUUUUGCGGACAUACCCCAAGUGUAUUUAGCAGACUGAGGCCUCGGGGCCAUUCGGCUUCUCAGAUCUCCCCCGUAUAUGAACUAUUUACCAAAUUUGCUCUCUCUUUGUCAACACACUCUUUGUCGUGGAAGAAAGCUUUAUGUUUGACCUUCGCAUCAGCGACGUGUCAUAAAUCAUCACGCGGUCAUAAUCCGACAGGGCGACACUGUCCUCCGGUGCAAACUCUGUGAUAUGAGAAGUCGCUGGUUGUUUCUGUUCAUACAGGUCACAGCGUGCAACAGCAACGGCUGACCCAUUUUAUUCUCAGUGGCUUGAUUCGAUGUGUCACACUCUUUUGCCGCGGUCAGGGAACAUUACAGCCCGUGGUGUGAUGUGGUCAGAUACACAGAAAACACACACACACACACACACAAGAAGAAAACUCCACAGCUGACCAGUCUGCCUGAAGAAAACCUCUGAGUCCAACACUGAUAAGCUAUCUCUCCUUCAGAUUACUCAAGUCGUUUUAUUGCCCCCUGUGCACCCAACGCCUUAUCAAAUCUGCAUAUAGACUUUCCCCCCUUUUGUCUGAUAACAAUUUAAUACUUUUCCGUCUUCAUCAGGCAGAAGUGAUUGAGCAGACACUGGAUAGUCGGGGCUCUGUGUCGGAAAUGAGAAAAAGAAAAAAAAGGAAAGAUUGCUCCCGGGUCAAAACCAUGGUGCCAACAUUCAGGCAUCAUGAGAUUCUUUCAUUCUCAUUUAUACGGUAUCCUCACAAUUAGGAUGCAUCUCAUGCCAGAGUUAUUAUUCACACUUUAUUUGAACUUCAAACUUCUCAAUCGUGUCUUCGUUUCUUUCCUGUCCCGGUAAAGAAAUAUAUAAUUUGGUGCAAAUUACAGUUAAAAUACAAUCUUAAAUAUAAGUUAUAGCUUCGGAGUGGUAAAACCCUUAUUUUUCCACUAAACUGCAGAUAUUCAUUCACCUCCAAUAGCAACGUAAGUGCUGUUAAACUCGAAAGUUUAGGGGGAAUCAAACAACAAAUCUCUCAAUUCAUCAUCUGUUUUGAGACACAUCCUCAGCCACGUCGUCCAACACUCUGAGGUAAAUGCGUCCUCAGCGUCUGCUUCAAAUCAAGAUCAUCACAUGACCAGAAGGCUUUUCAUUCCAACCAGUGCAGACAGGUGUUCUGCACAAAAAAAAACCCCUCAAAAGUGCAGAAAUUAAAUGUAUCCCUUCCUAAAGAGGACACGUACUGCAAUACUAACCAUAUGCUGCUUAUUAGUGACCCGUCCACACAGAUUCACAAUUAAUGGACAUGCAAUGGGCUUUGCUCUGAAACAUAUGAGGCGAAAUGUGUUUUUUGAAGCACUGAAUAUUUAAUGAGGGGAAUUUGAACGAGCUGUUACUGUACAGUACGAGGAUAUGAUGCGUGUGAAAUAGUCGGCAACAUAGAAAAAUUAGUCUUUUGAUGAAUGUCUCUUGGCUGAUUUUUUUUGUUCUCUUUUAAAUGUUGAAUUGCAGAUUUUUU